CUGUGGUUCUGCUCCAGUCCCUCAGAGCAGAGAGUCCCUUUAGGUUGAAGACAUUCGAGGCAUUUGUCUGAGAAGGGUUGAAGCAGCACAAGAUCAGAUUAGUCAAUAACAUGCCUAUGAAGACCAAAGCAAGGUGGAUCUACUCCAACAGCAACUAAAUUACCAAUAACACUAAGUCGUUGUUUUUUCAACAUUUCUUAAUAUACUGAAUAUGUAGCAGUUUUGCCUUAGGUUAGAGACAUUUAAUUGGUUUUGUCAUAAAUACACCAAAGGAAUAACUUGUGUUGGUCAGAGCGAUCAAAUCAACUUUGGAAGCUGGUUUUGAAUUCUGAUUUUCUUUUUGUCGUUGACAGGUUUCCAAGUGUGCCACCAGAUGGAAGCAAGACCCUCUGAUUUUUGUGUAGAAAAACAAUAAAUUCUGGAAAAUACACUUCCCAUGUUGUGGUCACUUUGUUAGUGUUCAGAUUGUCCUUUGCAAUGGAAAGUCAGUUUGCUAGAAAUUCAAAUGUUACAUUUAAUGCUAAAAAAGAUGAUUUUGCACAGUAGAAAUAAAAUCUCAUACUCGCAGCACUCUACAGGUUUUACCAUAAAAAUGUCUUCAAAUUAUUUUUGUAAAAAUUGGCCAAUAAGAUUUAUUUGACUGUACCAUGUAGCCUUUAAGCUGAACAUGUCGAUUUUGCUACAGUCAAUCACACUCCACUGAAGUGCCUUCAUUUAUAUUCUGUUAACUGGUCAAACUUUGUCUUGAGGCAUCAUGUACAGUGAUAGAGUAAGUUAUCCAACAUGCUGUUGAUGCAUUCUUACAUUCAUAAACUUUUUCAUUACACCAGGAUUAUGACUUUUCUUGUUUAUGUUGCAAGUGCAUCAUAUAUCUGUAACGUCCUACGCCGUUGAACACAUUAGUCACGGAACGUUCAAAACAAAGAUUAAAAUGAAUGCAAACAAAACGGGCGUUAUGAGUAAAUACACGUUAGUCAGUCCAGGUGUGUUUCUGCAUUCUCAUUGUUAAUUAGCAUAAUGAAACUAACGUGAUUCAGAAGUAAGCCGUGGAAACGGUCGAAGACAUUUCUACCGAGUGACUCAUCUUCUCAGCGUUAAAGCAUCAGGUCCGGUUUAGGCCCCGCCCCCUGCCUCCUACCUGUCGAGCAUUACAAAAAACCACAGCUCCCAGCUACCUCGUGGACUGGUCAAGAUGAGUCUGCCGGACUACAAAUCAUCUGGAAAGCAGGCUUUACCUGCAGAUACACACUCUCCCGUCGUGCAUUUGAAUGUCGGGGGCCAGCUGUUCAGCACCUCUGUGAGCACCCUCAGGAAACACCCAGACUCCAAGCUGGCCGAGCUGCUCAGCAGACAGCCCAAAGCACGCGCCGACGCGCAGGGCCGCUACUUCAUCGACCGCGACGGUUCCCACUUCGGGGCCAUCCUCGAGUUCCUGAGAUCGGACCAGCUGCCCGCAGAGAACAUCCAGGAGUUGUUGGAUGCAACUCUCCACCGGGACAUUUUUGCUGAAACCCACCAGUUGGCUACUAGAUGAACGCAGUAAUCUCGCUCUUCUUCCCAGGUGCUGAUUCGCAUCGCCAGAGCCGAGGCCAUCGCCACCCGCCGCUCCACCAUCAUGAUCUGCGUUCUGCAGACGGAGGAGGAGCUGGGUUUCUAUGACAACGCCAUCAGCAGCCUGGAGGCGGAUAAGGAGUCUGUGGUGACGUUCGGGCCCUGGAAGUCCGCCCUGUCCGUCGGGGACCUGCUGGACUGCGUGAAGAUGGACAUCGAGAGUCGGGGCUACAGGGUGAGCGUCCAGCCUCACGUGGUGGAGAAGAACUUCCUGUCCAGGAGCUACGACUUCUUCCACAAACUCACGUUCACCUGGUGGUGAUGAUCCAGAGCAGAGGCGGUGACUGUAAAUAUCUGGCAAAAGAACAGACGGCAUUUAGAAAGUUGCUGCAAGUCGUUCCUAAACACUUUAAAAACUGUAUGCACCUUUAUGAAAAGAAGUGGGUCUUGAUUUUGCACACUAGCCAUUUUAGACACAAGGGGUCAGUAAAGCAUGUGUAUAUAAUGAAUAUCAAAGGUGGUGUGGUUCACCACAAAGAACUUUGUCUUAUGUCUUAUUUUAGGUGCUGAUAAAUAUGGAUAUUUUUUCAUAUCCUGUGUAAUGUCAGUGAAAUCUGCAGCUAAAUUUGAAUAAAGGACAACUACUAAACUUUACAAAAAAGCUUUUUUUCACUUCCAAGGUUUAGAAGUAUAGUCUCACAUAUUGACCAGCUACAAGGGAAUGGACAUAUUAACACGAACACCAGGACA